CGGUGGGAAGGUAGGAGCACGAAGCCUGGCCUGGAAGCUAGGUGAGUUCGGCAUCCGAGCCGAAGGACCCUAGCCAAAGACUGUGCGCUACCCAGCCUGAGUAUCUGUUUUCUGUCCCUGAUGGGAUUCGCAUCCGAACCAUCUGGAGUCUGCAGCGACCCAGUCUCUGGCCCUCGCCCAGGCUUACUGCAGCUGCCUAGAGGUUCCCAGGAGCAGCUGCUGGUGAGACCGCUUCUGCACGAACCUAUGGAGCCAUUCCGUAGUGCCAUUCCGAGCAACGCACUGCCGCAGCUUCUCUGAGCCUUUUCAGCAAGUUUGUUCAAGAUUGGCUCCCAAGAAUCAUGGACUGUUAUUAUAUGCCUUGUUUUCUGUCAAGACACCAUGAUUCCUGGUAACCGAAUGCUGAUGGUCGUUUUAUUAUGCCAAGUCCUGCUAGGAGGCGCGAGCCAUGCUAGUUUGAUACCUGAGACCGGGAAGAAAAAAGUCGCCGAGAUUCAGGGCCACGCGGGAGGACGCCGCUCAGGGCAGAGCCAUGAGCUCCUGCGGGACUUUGAGGCGACACUUCUCCAGAUGUUUGGGCUGCGCCGCCGUCCGCAGCCGGGCAAGAGCGCCGUCAUCCCGGAUUACAUGAGGGAUCUUUACCGGCUCCAGUCUGGAGAGGAGGAGGAGGAAGAGCAGAGCCAGGGAACUGGGCUGGAGUACCCCGAGCGCCCAGCCAGCCGGGCCAACACCGUGAGGAGUUUCCAUCACGAAGAACAUCUGGAGAACAUCCCAGGGACCAGUGAGAACUCUGCUUUUCGUUUCCUCUUCAACCUCAGCAGCAUCCCAGAGAAUGAGGCCAUCUCCUCUGCAGAGCUCCGGCUAUUUCGGGAGCAGGUGGACCAGGGCCCUGACUGGGAACGGGGCUUCCACCGUAUAAACAUUUAUGAGGUUAUGAAGCCCCCAGCAGAAACAGAGCCUGGACACCUCAUCACACGACUACUGGACACCAGGCUAGUCCACCACAAUGUGACACGGUGGGAAACAUUCGAUGUGAGCCCUGCGGUCCUUCGCUGGACCCGGGAAAAGCAGCCCAAUUAUGGGCUAGCCAUUGAGGUGACUCACCUCCACCAGACACGGACCCACCAGGGCCAGCACGUCAGGAUUAGCCGAUCGUUACCUCAAGGGAGUGGAGAUUGGGCCCAGCUCCGGCCCCUCCUGGUCACUUUUGGCCAUGAUGGCAGGGGCCAUACCUUGACCCGCCGCCGGAGGGCCAAGCGUAGUCCCAAGCAUCACCCACAGCGGUCCAGAAAGAAGAAUAAGAACUGCCGUCGCCAUUCACUCUAUGUGGACUUCAGUGAUGUGGGCUGGAAUGACUGGAUUGUGGCCCCACCAGGCUAUCAGGCCUUCUACUGCCAUGGGGACUGUCCCUUUCCACUAGCGGACCACCUCAACUCAACCAACCAUGCCAUUGUGCAGACCCUGGUCAACUCUGUUAACUCUAGUAUUCCCAAGGCCUGUUGUGUCCCCACUGAACUGAGUGCCAUCUCCAUGUUGUACCUGGAUGAGUACGACAAGGUGGUAUUGAAAAAUUAUCAGGAGAUGGUAGUGGAAGGGUGUGGAUGCCGCUGAGAUCAGGCCUCUCUGAGGACACACACACACACACACACACACACACACACACACUUUCCCAUCCAACCACCCACACAUACCACACAGACUGCUUCCUUAUAGCUGGACUUUUAUCUUAAAAAAAAAAAAGAAAGGAAAAAAAACCUAAACAUUCACCUUGACCUUAUUUAUGACUUUACGUGCAAAUGUUUUGACCAUAUUGAUCAUAUAUUUUGACAAAAUAUAUUUAUAACUACGUAUUAAAAGAAAAUAAAAUGAGUCAUUAUUUUAAAGAUAA